CCGCCCCUGAAAAAAAUGUUUUCGUGUAGCGGAUUAACUAUAUCCGCUGGAGAUGGAUCCAAGUUUGAGAUGGGUGGAGGGGGUUGCAUUAAGAAUCUAUAAAAUCCCUUGGUACGAGAUUCACUCUGGCAGUUCGUGAAUAUAAUAUAACUGAAAUUUGAGAGACAUGGCCGACGCUAAGGAUUCCCAAGAAAACAAGGAAACUAAAGAGAAGGACGAGAAGAAAGUGAAGAAAAAGAAAAUUACAAAGACAAAGGCAGAUUCCAGAAAGUCAUCCGCUGUUCCGCCAGUAGAAAAUGUAGAACUUCCAACAACCGGAAAUCAAGCCACAGAGGUUCCUAUUGCCAAACAGGAGAUCAAUUUUGCACCAACGGAGGAAGAAUUUAUAGAAAAGCAGGGAAAGAAGAAAAAAUUAUCAUUGAAAGACGAAACAGAGAAAGGAGAAACAGAAAAAUCUCAGGAAGAAGUAUCCCAAAACGUAUCUCAAGCAACUGCAGUAGAUUCUGUGAUUACUCCAAAAAAGAAGGUGGAAGUACCAGUGUCCCAAGAACAAUUGGAUUUUCGAAAAUUAGCUGAACUCAAAGAGGCCUUUCAUUUGUUUGACAUUAAUAAAGAUGGAGUGAUCGACCUGGCUGACUUAAAAUUUACGUUCGCGUCUCUUGGAAAACCUGACAUUCCCGAGGAGCAAUUGCAACAGAUGUUAAACGAAAUGCCUGAUCCAGUUGAUUUCGAUGCAUUUGUCAUGUUAUUUGGAUACAAGGCAACUGAAUUGGAUCCUGAAUUUGUAUUGUUGGAAGCCUUGUCCAAGUGGGACUAUGAGGGUAAUGGAAUGAUAGCUGAAGAAAGAAUACGACAUGAUCUUCAAACUUGGGGAGAUAAAUUCACGAAAAGAGAAGUUGAUUAUGCACUCGAAGAAGCACCACUUUACACGAAAAAGGGCAUAACCUCUAUUGAUUAUAUUAAAUUUUGUAAUAAUAUCUGCGGGUUUCGAAAUGUGCAAAAGAGUAGAAAGAUUGAGAAGCAAGGUGAAGACUACGAGAAGGAACUUGGUCGUAUCUAAUCUUUGAAGAGCUAUGAAACUAUGUGUUUAAGAAUAUUGCAUGCUAAAAAAUAAAUUUUUCCCAGUCAA